GGAUUCUUCAGCUACCAGACGCUCCUUUCCCCUUGUGAGUGGAGCGACUGGACACGAGCUAUUUUAUUGCCUGAGGCUGUUUGUUGCUGUUUGUUGCUGUUUACAGACUUGCGAUCCCGACUCAAAUUGGAGCCCUCGUUGGAGCCCAGCAGGCAGAGCGGAGAGGUUCUGAAGCUUCAUGUUUCUCCGCCCUUUUCGUGUAAAGUCUAGGUCAGCGCUUAAAGUAGCCGAAAGGUUAGCCUGCGUGUAGCUAGGGGGUGU